GGGGUCUUCGAAGCCCUCGCCCCCCUAAUUUCAAUUCCCUCCUUUUAUCCUUUCUUCGUAUUGCGAUUCCUUCAGUUAUUCUCCGGCCGGUGGUAGUUGAACUUUCCGGCAAUCAGGCCAUGGGUUCCCGCCAUUUGGUGGCCGGAGAUUAGCCGCCGGAAUCUGACGCAAUCCUUUUCGCUUUACAUGGCAUCAGCUGUUCUGGCCAGCAGAAAUGAACCGCAAUGGGGUGAAAGAAAGGUUUAUAUGAGGAAAUACACUAACACCUCCACCGAUAAUCCCCAUUUCAACCGGUUCAACCCUAAUCCUAUCUCUGGCUUUAUUCCAAACCCAAACCCUAACCCUAAACCUAACCCUAACCUCAUCCUUGUCAAACAGAUCCAUGAUUCUUCAAGCAGACCACACCUCUUGCAGAGUCAAGAACCAUUGCCCCGAUCUACUCCGCCAGCGCUGUCUGAUGAUACGCCGGUGGUAAAUCGGAAAUCAAUUUUCAACCAUCACCAGGAAUCUUUUCACGGCGAUUACGUGACCUACGAUCUAGCUUCGUAUUCGAGAAGGGAGUUGAAACACCUCAAGAAACGGUUGAUUUCGGAGCUAGAACAGGUCCAGACCCUCCGGUCUCGGAUCGAGUCCCAAGACUUCGUAUCGAGACCAAUUCAUCCCGUCUCUCAUUUCUCCACCAGCUAUGGCGGGGGAGCUAAGGAAGCCCCACGGCCAACCCCGCUUCAGAUCAACAACACAUUGGACUCUUCUUUCCCGGUCGUGGGUUCUCCUGCAAAGCGAACACCAAAGGCUAAUCAACAUUACCGGAACCCUGAAUUCGUCACCGGAAAGAACAAGAAAUUCGUGGGCAAAAAGCGCGCUUUGUCGUUCUCUCACGGUAAAGAUCCGAAACGAGUUCUAGCCUGUGAUUCGCAUAUUGAUAAGCUUUUCACGAGCAUAAUGAAAAGAUGUGGGCAAAUCUUGACGAGGCUUAUGAAGCAUAAGCACAGUUGGGUAUUCAAUAAACCGGUGGACGUGGUUGCUUUGGGGCUUCAUGAUUAUCAUCAGGUAAUAAAGCAUCCGAUGGAUCUUGGAACGGUGAAGUCAAGGCUUGAUAAGAAUGAGUAUAAAUCUCCGCUUGAUCUUGCUUCUGAUGUGAGAUUGACGUUCAACAAUGCCAUGACUUACAAUUUGAAAGGUCAGGAUGUGUAUACCAUGGCGGAAGGAUUGUUUUUGAAGUUCGAGGAGAUGUUCAAUCCGGUCUAUCAGAAGUAUGAGGCCGAGCAUAAGAGAGCUGUUGCGGCUGAGCAAGUGAAUCAGAAGAUCUGGUUUCCUCCGCCACCAAUUGUAGUGCCAGAGACUUUGCACGAACCAAUUGGCUUUGUGAAGAAAACAGAUUUAGUGCAUACGCAACCGACAUUGUCAAGUCCUACAACACAACCACCUAUUCCAGCACCAGCAUUUCCAUCUACGAAGUUGGUGGUGACACCAAGAUCAAUGAAAUUGCCUAAGCCAAAGGCCAAGGAUCCAAACAAAAGAGACAUGAGCUUUGACGAGAAGGCAAAGUUGGGACUGAGUUUGCAGAACUUGCCUGCUGAGAAGAUGGAGCAGUUGUUGCUGAUUAUAAAGAAAAGGAAUUCCUAUUUGAUGCAGGACGGUGAUGAAAUUGAACUUGAUAUCGAGGUUCUUGACAAUGAGACCCUAUGGGAGCUGGAUAGGUUUGUGAGCUAUCACAAGAAGGCUGUGAGCAAGAUAAAGAGGGAGGGGCUUAUCAGUAAUCCAAUUUCAACAACAGAGUCACCAGAUAGAGAGCCUACAGCAGAGCCCACAGCAGAUUUGUCAGCUCAAAAGAGCAAGAAAGGUGAUGCCGAGGAUGAGGAUGUUGAUAUUGGAGAUGAGUUUCCAGUCAAUAACUACCCUCCAGUGGAGAUUGAGAAGGAUGCUGCUUAUGCUAGUAGUAGAUCCAGCAGCUCAAGUUCUAGCAGUGGUUCCUCCUCAUCUAGUGGUAAUAGCAUCUUCUCUCUCUAAACAUUCUUGGGAUACACCCUGUUGAGGGAGGGAUGGUAUAGGGUGUUUAUGAUGAUUGUUUUGAUUUUUUUUUGCAGAUUCGGAUUCCGGUAGUUCUUCUGCUAGUGAUUCUGAUGAUGAUAGUGUACAGUCACCAUUUGUUGAACCAAAAGAGGGUCCUGUGACACAAAGCCAUUGAUGAGUGCAGAAGCAUUGGAAGUGUGAGUUUGGAUGUGAAGCAUUUUUGCUAUCAAGUAAGGCGACUGGGACUUAGAUGGUUUGUGGGUUUCUUUGCUUUGCUGUUUUGUUAGAAUAGUGGACUGGUAGUAGUUGUGCAUAUGUGGAUGUGUUUCUGGGUUGUGAACUGGUUGGAUGAACUUGGGAGUGUAUGGAAAGAGACUGACCAGAAUUAAAGGAAGUUUAGAUUAGGAUUAACUGAUGGUUGUAGUUAGAGAUGAUAGAUAAGGGUAGUGCUUUAGUGUAGUGUUAGUUGAGACAUGAACAGGAGGAGUAAGGUUUGGACAAGUUUUUGGUUGUAUACUGAAAGCCACUACUUGAUUUUCAGAGUGGUUUAAGAAGCAUAGCAGAAACAUGUACAGAGAUGUUUUCUUAAAAAAAUAAAAAUAUAAAAUUCCGGCCCUUCAGUCC